UGAUGUGUACACACUGUUUGAGGCCGCCAAUUUUGCGGCAUUACGUUUAUUUCGCUAAUACAUUUUUGCAUAAAGACAUGAAUUACACGAGUAAUCAAUGCUCACCAAAGUUUCGCAGUCCGGUCCUUCAGCGCAACAGACAAAAAACGCAGGUGGCUCGUGUCAAUGUGCCGGAGAGUUUAGAGAUUCGACGACGGCGUGGAGAGGCGAGAACUUAUUUGAAAUGGGGCUUUAUAAAUAUAGUUAUAUUGGCGUUAGUCUCGUUUGACAUAUGGCAGACGUGCGUCUCCGCUAAAGAUCGUUUUUGGUACCAGGCGGAGUACACAUUUGCCGUGUUCAUCUUUCUGAGCGUCCUCGCCUGUUUUGGCAAAUACCUGUGCUGGCUAAUUGUGGACAACGGCCAAAUCUGUGUGACAGAGCUGCAACGCUGCCUGCUGGACGAAACUAAUGAAAACUCAUUCAGAACUGUUAGUCCAAUGUCGAAGCCACGGAUUUAUAAGCCAGAAAGUAAUAUAAUUGAUAAUGUCCCCAUUAUCAAUUGGCAUUCCUCAUUUGAAGAUAGUCGCUGGGGCACACCGCAGUCGCCACGCCGCAGUCUCAGUCCAACGCGCUCGCCGCAACAACCACCGCCACAACAUCAGCAGUUCAACAAUCAAUCCUACAACUGCUCCAUGAGCGGAAAUAACAGUUCCCUUAAUGCCAGCAAUGUGAGCAAUGAUUCAACCUACAUGUCACCCUACGCGGAGGUAUGUCGUGAAGAUUUUCCAACGGAUGUGCGCGAGCUGCCAGCACUUGUCAGGCGGAUAAGGCGGGAGCGAAGACGCAGCUAUGAUGAACUAGCCGAUGCGGCAAUUAUGAAGAGCCGGAACUCGACAAACUCAUUCUGGAACUACUGCAAUAAUGCGGCGGCUUAUAUGCUGAAGCGUACGGUCUAUCAAUUGGCACCGGCACCUGUGGUCUCCACUGAGAAUGCUCCAUCCAUUGAAGAGUUUGGCAUCGUAGAGUUCAAGGAUAGCAAUUCGGAUGUUAUCAAGCGCAUAUCCACGGUCAAGUUGUCACAAUACUUAAGCAAUCUGAGAUAUUGGAUAUCUACCACCAUACUGCAGCGUUUGGUUAAGCAAAUUGACCAUAUGGAUGAGGUGUUUCGGCAGCGUGGUCUUAGCGAUUGGAAGAUCGGUACUGUGAGUCUCGAGCGAUUGCGUAAAAUGGCGGAAAAUCAACAGUUUGUCCAGAGCUGCGCACCCAUGCUGCCCCUACUGCUGCCAUUUCUUGAUACCUUCAACAAUCAGGAGUAUCUCGUGCAGCGCAUAAAGGAGCUUUCCCAGGGCUCUUGCAUCGGAGAGUACCGCUGGAACUCGGGCAAUGUGCAUAACGGAAAGGAGUGGGGUGAACACCUGCCCACAGAUGCUGCUAUACUCUUUCAUGUGUUUUGCGUUUAUUUGGACAGUCAAUUGAUGCCACUGCCUCAAGGUGGAGGCAGGCCUUUUCACUCACGCUAUGUUCUCAUACGUCAGGAGAAACGCUCUACCAAGGACCUUGUAAAUGCCGUUAAUAACAAAGCACACUGCGCUAUACUGGUUACCAACAAUCAGCUGAAGCCAAAGUUUAAUUUCAUCAGCGAUAAGGAACUGCACAAUUGCGCCCAUGAUCGAAACAAUUUGUUUUAUGUUAUCAUACAGUUUCUGAUUUAUAUGCGCACACAUCAAGAGGCGGCGCUCGAGGGCGUCAAUUUGGGAAAGAGCGGCAUCAACAUAAUGUGCGUUAUCGAAGACUGAGGCACUCAAUUUGUGGCUGCCCCUUAAUACUCGACUUGGUCAGGCCAAUGGCCACACAAACUACUUCUUAAUUUAAAUUAAUUUCUAUGUAUAUUGUUAUUUUUGGACUUGGCCAGCUAUAUCAUGAGCUAUUAAAUUAUGCAUUGUAAUUAUGAA